CACCAAUGCAAUGCAAUGCAAAGGCCUGGCCCGCCCUCCGCCAAACCGCGCAGACCCGAAACCUGGGCUUUGCUCCCUGGCGGCCCGGGCUGCCUUCUCUUUUGCCUCUCCGCCCAGGAAUCCGGAGAGGGAGCCCAGGUCUCCCAAGAGCAGCGCCCGAAGAGACGCCUCUCUUUCCAGGAGACCUGCUUUGGGCUGGAGGGCUUUGCUUGCCCCCCCCCGUUCCCAGCUCUGCCCACCUGCUGCCCCUUGCGCCCGCCCAGCAUGUUGCCUUACCUCCUGGUGCUUUCCUGGCUGCCUUUUCUGGUUGCAGGUGGAGUUUCUGGAAGUCUCCGCUCAAGAGGGCGCAGGCAACUACUGCCUCUGAAUCAGUCUGGUGUCUGUCGUUACGGUUCAAAGCUUGACUGCUGCUAUGGCUGGAAAAGAAAUAGCAAAGAGCACUGUGAAGCUACCUGUGAACAUGGGUGCAAAUAUGGUGAAUGUGUGAUGCCAAACAAGUGUAAAUGUUUUCCUGGGUUCACAGGGAAAACCUGCAGCCAAGAUCUCAAUGAAUGUGGAUUGGAACCCCAUCCUUGCAAACACAGGUGUAUGAACACGCAUGGCAGUUACAAGUGCUAUUGCCUUAAUGGGUACAUGCUCAUGCCAGAUGGCACCUGCACAAAUUCCAGGACAUGUUCCAUGGUGAAUUGCCAAUAUGGCUGUGAAGAGAUGAAAGACGAUGUACGAUGCUUGUGUCCAUCAAGUGGACUUCAGUUAUCACCAAAUGGGAAAACAUGCAUAGAUAUCGAUGAGUGCGCCACUGGCAAAGCUAUUUGCUCAUUCAAUCGCAAAUGCGUCAACACAUUUGGAAGUUAUUACUGCAGGUGUCAGGUUGGAUAUGAACUCAAAUAUGUGAAUGGUCGAUACAACUGUUUAGAUAUAAAUGAAUGUACAGCAAAUAUAUCCAUGUGUAACUUCCAUGCAGAAUGCCUCAACACACAAGGGUCUUUCAAGUGCAAAUGCAAAGCAGGCUACAGAGGGAAUGGAUUUGAAUGCUCUGUUAUUCAUGAAAAUUCAGUGAAAGAGUUUCCUAGAAUCUCUAGAGUUGCCAAAGAAAAGCUCAAGAAGCUGCUUAGGCACAAGAACAAUUUGAAAAACCACGUAGACAUGAAAAAUGCCAUUCCGGAAGCUCUUGCGACUCCACCUUCCAGAACACAUGUAAGACCACUGGACUACAAAGAGAGUUCCUACACAGAGGAUGAUUUUACUGAACAGGAGAAAAGCAGUGAAGAUGUUGGAAGAAAUGGAAACAUAGACAAUAAAGGAGCUGAUGAAGAAGAAGGAGAAAGCGAACACCUUGAAAAUCAGAUUGGCCAUGAGAAGAAACUCCGAGGAGAUGUAUUUUCUAAAGAAGCAGCUGUUUUUGGCCCUCUCCCAGCACAAAGAAAAAUCUCAGUGCAGAAGGCAGAGCUGGAAGAUAUAAUUUCAGUGGACUGCAGCUUUGGGCGAGGGUCUUGUGUCUGGCAGCAAGAUGCAAAUGAUGACUUUGACUGGAGUCCUGCAAAUCAUGAGAAUGGUGAUGGCUAUUACAUGGCAGUUCCAGUCUUCAUGGAGCACAAGAAGGAUGUUGGUCGUUUGAAACUUCUUCUCACUGACCUUGAACCAAAGAGCAUGUAUUGUUUAAUUUUUAGUUAUCGGUUUGCAGGAGAAAGAGUAGGGAAACUACGAGUAAUCCUCAGUGACAUCAGUAGUGGCCCAUCCUGGGAACAGAGCAUGGGGAAUGGAGAGUGGUGGAAAACUGGUCAAAUUGAAAUGCCUACAGGAGCAGAAACAACUAUGAAUAUUACCUUUGAGGCAGAACGUGGGAAAGGCACAACUGGAGAAAUCGGAGUGGAUACUGUAAUACUAUUUUCUGGCCUGUGUCCUGAAGACCAUCUUGCAUUAGAUAUUUGAAUGUACAAAUUUCAUUGCUAUUAUAUUAUUUGUUGUACUAAUAAAUAAUUUUGUAUCAUUGUUACCUAGAUAAAAUGCCAACUUAAAAACAACAUCUUGAACUUCAAAUCAGAUAGAAAAACAGAUCUAAAACCUCUAGUCAGAUAACACAUUUGUAUAUAUAAUAUGCUAAACUUUGUUUUGUAUGUUUCUUUAUUUUAUUAUAGGGUUUUAUAGAAUAUGAAAAUAUUUCUCUAGCUUUUCUCACAAUAAAGGUACUUUAUUGUAUACAAAAUUCCCUUUAAAGAAAAUUCCUAUUUUUAAAUUCCAUCCCAUUCAACUACAAGAAUAUGAAGCAAUAUCUUGAAAAUGAUAUUUUAUUUCUAGCAACAUUUAGGGCAGAGUGGAGAAAGUGUAACUGUAUAGAGCCAUGGUAAGGAACUGCAAAGGGUCUGGGUGUUCAAUUCAUAUUUUUUAUCCAUAGUUUUUCCUCUCAUAUGACCAACUCAGGAACAUGUUUUUGUUAAGAUUCCCCUAAUCAUUGCAAUAAAGGUUCAUACUAUGUUUGCCAGAGGUUCUUUUUACAUAACAGCAUUCUCUCACAUAGCUAGAUCAGACUAUUUUUCUGUCCUGUUGUAAUAAGAGAAAUGAAGAACAUAAUCCAAACAGGAAUAAAUAUAUUUAAGGCCCUGAAAUCAAUAAAUGUGUAUCUUAUAUGAGCCUAUAUGCAGGAAAACAUACGUUUGGUUCUAUUUCUCUUCUGUGCAUUUUUGCUUAAGUUCCUAUUUUUCUAUAAGGAGAAAGUAUAUUUUGCAUGUCAAAAUAUGAAAAAUGUGAAUUCCCUUUUAUCCUUCCAUUAUUCUUUCUUCUAAUCUAAAGACACAAAAUGUUCCUACAAAGAAGCAGUGUAAUUAAUCCUCACGAAUGUCCAUAGUUAAUAGAAUACAUGAAACAGAUAUUUUAGUGCUGGAUGAUGUGUCCAAGUUCUGUUGUUUUUGGGACUUAUUCAAGUUUUAAUAAUAAAUAACAAGAUUUAUCUUCAAGUGUUUAAUGUUAAAUCUGAUGGCAGAUAUGUACUAAGAAUAGAAAAAACAUUUCCAAAAGCAAUGUGAUCUGUAUAAGAUAUGAAUUAUAAAUUGAAAAAGGGGAAACUCAAACUAUUUGUACAACUAGGUAUCCUCUGUGUAUAUUGCGUGCUGCUUUUAAUUAGAAUUAAGCUAGUCUUGUAACUAAAGAGGCAAGAGUGGGUUUUAAAAAGAAAAGGUUACAAAAAUAUUGAUUUUGAAUGAGUAUUUUUCUGCUCUAAUGAAAAUGGGAAUAUAAAAUUAGAACACAAAAAUAAAAUAGGCAUAGUAUUUCUUUUCUGCUUUUAAUGUAGGCUUGCUAUUAUUAUGGGUCUUCAAAUCUCCUCUGACUUAUGAAAAUUCUGUCCUAAAAUUUUCUAGGCAAGAUUUGAUCUGAGAGGUUUGCAAUUGCUUUCCUCUGAGGCUCAGAACAUGGGGCGUGCCCAUGCCCGUAGCCAGGAUUUUGCUUCGGGGGGGGGGGGGGCUGAGUCUGGGUGGGAGAGGAUCUACCCUAGCAAACCUUUUGUAUUGUUAUCCCAAUACCCCCGUGUAUAUGGGAUACAUCGAGCAUGGUGAUCAGAUCAUGAUAUGAAUAAACAUACUCUGAGAAUACUCUGAGAAUUUGGGGGGUGGGGGGCUGAAGGAAUAUAGACUCCGGUCUCCCACAGCCUUAGUCUAAACUCUAACCAUUGCACCAUGUUGGCUCUUGCACUAUGCUGGGUCUCUCACUAGAGAUAGCCUAUCUAAUUUCUACAUUUUGAAUAACAGUCAUUGCAUACUGGAGCAGAUGUAGUGUUCUCAGUCUCUUGGCCACAUCUCCCAUUCCCAAUGUCUUGGGUGCCACAUGCCCCAGAAGAGCGCUGAAGUGCCUCAUUAUAGAAGAAAAACUAACACAGUAGUCACAACGGACACCUGAUGAAAUAGAAAACCACUGAUUUUAUAACAGGAAAGAGAAGAGUAUACUGAUGUUUUGUUUUCACUCUGUACAUAAAAGAACACCACAGUGGCUUAAUAAUGGAAAAGUGCUGCCAUGUUCCUUCGCAGCACAGAAUGCUCAGGGUAAUCUUUAGAUGGAGUAUGACAUUUGCAAUCACGCAAAGGGAAUGUUCGAUCCUCUCUCCUACACAAAAUGCUCUGGGUGAUCUUGGAUGAUGGAGUGUGAAAUUAGUAAAUCACUCAAAGAAGAGUUUUGUAGUAGCCUUUGAUUUCAGUUACCCUUAUGUAGAAUGAAUGGGUGCAUCCUUUGGACAUAAAACUUCUAGGUAUCCUAAAUGCCUGUGCUGUAGAAUAGAUCAUAAUGGAAUCAUUCAAUUGACGUGACCCUGGGCUUAAUUCUUAAGUGUUGCUGUCCAAGACCCUGUGUAAGAAACUCAUCAUCAUAAACAAUCCCUCAUGGCCAAGGGCUUGGUGGUGUGUCCCUAAGUGACUAUAGAGACCUAUUCUGGAUUUGCAUGGUAUUUCACAGUGAGGACAUAUUUCCAGGUGGAAGGCAGUUCCGAGAAGUGUUUGCUUGACGCACCUUUCUCUUGACACGUUUCUCCCUUUUGACCUCAAUUUAUAGGUAAAGGUAAAGGUUUUCCCCUGACAUUAAGUCUAGUCAUGUCUGAGUCUCCCCAUUUCUAAGCCGAAGAGCCGGCGUUGUCCAUUGUUGUAGUUGAGUCAGCAGGCAAUGUUACAAACGGUAGUAGGAGUACCAGUAGGAUGAAAAGGGUUAAUCAUGAGCAAGUGUCAGAUGAAGAACAGCAAAGGAAACGGAUCCGGGAUAUACUUAUGGCACCUUCUGAUGAAGACACGUUUGAAGGGUUUUCAAGUGGCGAGGAGUCAAUGAGUAAGGAAGGAGAUGGGCUGGAUGUGAAUAGAGGCACUAAGAAGGUUACUCGGGAGCAGGAAUUAGAUGAGGAACGGGAGAGGAAGAAGCUCUGGGAUACUGCUCCCACAGAGGAUGAGUCGUUUUUGGGUUUCUCUGGGGAUGUUGGGUCUGGGAGUGAUGAGAAUGAGGAGGGCACAUUGGACUGGACUAAGGUACAAGAAAUAAGGGAUAUGUGUGCAGAGCCAACUUCUAGUGAUACGUUUGUGGGGUUUUCAGGACAGGAGGAUUGGCAAACUGGUGAUACAUCUGGGUCAUGGGGAAACCUAAGUCUUAAUAGGAGAUGGAGGAGCUGGAGGAAUGGUAACCGGGGUUCACGUGUGAUGACAGGACCAGCUGUGGGGGAUGACGAUGGAGUGGAGGCCAGCUCAUCUUUGGAUAAUGAUGUGUAAGUUAAAAGUAGGGUCCGAAAUGGGGAUUCUUUGCAGAAGGCAAAGUGUCGUUAUUGCGUAGGUUUGUCGCUGCCUGUUUCCUGUUGGGUUUUGGGUCCGGGCUCUGCAGCUUGGCGUUCCUGGUUCCUGUGAUUCUUUGACUUGGAUUUGCUUAUCGUGAAUGUGUCUUCUCCCUUCCUGGACUUUUGGACUGGUGACUUCGGCUCUGUUUGGCGACCUGGGUAACGAUGUUUGGAUUGGCUUAUCAUGGAUGCAGCUUUCUCCCUUCCUGGCUUUUGGAUUGACUCAACUGUGGCUUGUGUAAACACUUUGGAGACGACGCUGGUUUGGACCUUCUUCAACGGCUAUUUUGGAACUUUGACUGGUUUUGAUUACUCUCUGUGUGCUGUGCUGUCUUCAAGGAAGCCUGUUACAGCUCUGUUUGCUUCCAAUUUCAUUGACUGUGUUUUAAUCCAGGUUAUCCAUCCGUUUAACCUGGAUUAUUUUCCGUUCUUCUUUUUGAGCCCGGUUUGGGCUAGAACUUUGAGUUUAGGUCAGAGACACUGCAGUCGAGUGUUUCUGAGCCAGUUUUUGUGUUGCAAUAAACCUUUUGUUAAACUAA